GUUCGGUGGUGGAGAGCAGCUGCAUUUGUGCACUUCGCAUCGAACAUUCAUCGUGAUCCCAAGCGCACGAAGUUGUUGUUUUGUUUGGUUUUUUGUCGCCAAAUUUCGCGCGAUUUUUUCGUGAGCGUGUGUGUGUGCGCGUGCAUUUAUUUCGCACACUGGCGACGUGGCAACCCCAGGAUCUGUCGCCUGUCUUCGCUUCAGACUUCUCCUUCGGAUCCUGCGGAGCGGAGCGUACGUAUUUUCGACUUCAACUCCGUGUGUCGUGUGUGCCUGUGUAUGCCUCUGUGUGUCUGUGUGUGUGGCAUACCGGCAUACCGUCUUUGUUGUUGGCCACCAUUGUAAUUGCAGUCAGUGAGGCACUGGCAACGCGGCGUAUACUUGACAUCUUCGCCGCCAAAUUGUGCGAUUUCUUCGGCUCCUUGGAUGCGGCUCCUUGUGACAUUGGCGCGAAGACGUGAAGAGUCCUCAAAAUCCGCUAUUCCACUGUGUUCGCAAUCCAUUUGCCUGCUGCCCUGGACGGGCAAACAAAUUUUUGCAAUUCAAUUUCUAUUGUGCAUUGCCGAUGCGAAAUGUGCGCAUCGUUUGCUGUCAAUGCCAAGUAUUCCGCAUAAAAAUUGAAAAUUGCAUGCAAAUUAAAUAAAUAGAGUUCCGGUGAGGAGCUGAGCUGAGCUGCGAGUACCAGCUGAGAUAGACACUCGAGAAGACAUCCCAUCCUACAUGCCCAUCGCACAUACAUAUACGAGUAUCCUUGCGAAAAUGACAGUUGUGAGUUGUGGCUCAGAUUUGGAUUCGCAUGCGGGGCGCAAUCAAAGCAAACGUCAUUAGCACUCGCGACAUCGCCUUCGAUUGACAGCGGGAGUUGGAGCAGCGGCAGGAGCAGAAGGAGGUGCAGAUCCUGCGGCAGGAUUCAGCAGCCAGGAGCAGGCACGAACAACUUUACAUUUGCAUAACUUCGGUGCAGCUCCAGCGUUCAGAUUCCGAUUCACAGAUGUCAAUGGGCGUGGCAGUGGGGCGGCGAGUCGAACCAGCUGAAAAUCAAAGCCCAAUUGGCACAAACACGCGGUAAAUAGAAUUCGCAAUCGGAAUCGGAAUUGAAAUAGGAAUUCGCAUUCAAAUUCGAAUGCAAAUAGAAAUAGAAAUUGCCGCGAGACCCCCACAGAAAAAAAGCGCAAAAAAAACAGCAACUAAAAUACCCAUAAAAUAAUAGGAAAACAAAGAGUGCCAGCGGAGAAGCAGCUGCUGCAGCAAAUAAAAGAACCGCAACAGCAACUGCAACAGCAGCAACAACGGCCAUAACAACUCCACCAACAACGACAUCAACAACAAUAUGGAGAAGCUGCUGCAAUCGACGCUGUUUGUCAUCCUGAUAAUGGCCACAAAAUGCGGCAGUGGCUCGACCCAGAACCAGCAUCACGAGAGCAAUUCCCAGCUGGAUCCCGAUCCGGAGUUCAUAGGGUUCAUCAACAACGUCACAUAUCCGGCAGGACGCGAGGCCAUCCUGGCCUGCUCGGUGCGCAAUCUCGGCAAGAAUAAGGUUGGUUGGCUAAGGGCCUCCGAUCAGACCGUUUUAGCUCUCCAAGGUCGCGUGGUCACCCAUAAUGCGAGAAUCAGCGUCAUGCAUCAGGAUAUGCACACCUGGAAACUAAAAAUCAGCAAGCUGCGGGAAAGUGACCGCGGUUGCUAUAUGUGCCAAAUAAACACGAGUCCCAUGAAGAAACAAGUGGGCUGCAUCGACGUGCAGGUACCACCUGAUAUCAUCAACGAAGAGUCCUCCGCCGAUCUGGCCGUCCAGGAGGGCGAGGAUGCCACGCUCACCUGCAAAGCCACGGGGAAUCCUCAGCCAAGAGUCACUUGGCGCAGGGAAGACGGCGAAAUGAUACUCAUUCGCAAGCCUGGCAGUAGGGAGCUCAUGAAAGUGGAGUCGUAUAAUGGAUCCUCGCUCAGGCUGCUCCGCCUAGAGAGGCGUCAGAUGGGCGCCUACUUGUGCAUAGCAUCCAACGAUGUUCCACCCGCUGUCAGCAAACGAGUCUCGCUGAGUGUGCAAUUUGCUCCCAUGGUGAGGGCCCCCAGCCAGCUCCUGGGCACGCCCUUGGGAUCCGAUGUGCAGCUGGAAUGCCAGGUGGAGGCCUCGCCGUCGCCCGUCUCCUACUGGCUGAAGGGGGCGCGGACGUCCAACGGAUUCGCCAGCGUCUCCACGGCCAGCCUGGAGUCCGGCUCGCCGGGUCCCGAAAUGCUGCUUGACGGGCCCAAGUACGGGAUAACGGAGCGCCGCGAUGGCUAUCGGGGCGUCAUGCUGCUGGUGGUGCGUUCCUUCUCGCCCUCCGAUGUGGGCACCUAUCACUGCGUCAGCACAAACUCGCUGGGCCGUGCCGAGGGCACAUUGCGGUUAUACGAAAUCAAGCUUCAUCCGGGCGCCUCCGCCAGCAACGAUGAUCAUCUGAAUUACAUCGGAGGUCUCGAGGAGGCUGCUCGGAAUGCGGCCAGGAGCACCCGGACGACGUGGCAGCCCCUGCUCGCCAUGCUGAUGCUACUGUGGAUGAGGCUGAAUCUGAGAGCAGGGGGAGCGUGA